AAAAAAGGCAAACCUCGCUUCUCACUUCUCACCCCGAAAUUCCUCAAAUUGCCACGAUCCCCAUAACUAUUGCCCUUCUCUUUGCUUUCUAGAUCCAUCAUCGCUACCACCACCAUUAUUCCCAUCUUUAUUUUCUUUCCCUUUAAAUAAAAAGAAGAAAGAAAGAAAUGUUGUGCAGAAUGGUGAUGUUGAACCGGAAAAAGAAAACAGGGACAGUUCCGGUUUACUUAAAUGUUUAUGAUUUGACAACUGUUAAUGGUUACGCUUACUGGGUUGGUCUCGGGGUCUAUCAUUCUGGCGUACAAGUUCAUGGUGUUGAAUAUGGUUUUGGAGCGCAUGAUCAUGAGACAACGGGGAUUUUUGAGGUUGAGCCGAAGCAAUGCCCGGGAUUUAUGUUUAGGAAAUCUAUAUUGAUUGGAAGAACCGAUUUGGGUCCUAAAGAAGUUCGGGCCUUCAUGGAGAAAUUAGCUCAGGAGUAUCCUGGGAAUGCUUACCAUCUUAUUACUAAGAACUGCAAUCACUUCUGUAAUGAUAUGUGUUUCAAGCUGACUGGGAAAACAAUUCCACAAUGGGUUAAUCGUCUUGCUCGUUUAGGUUUUCUUUGCAAUUGUGUUCUUCCGGCAGAGUUGAAUCAAACAAAAAUUCGCCAGGUUAGAUCAGAAGAAAGUGCACAAGAAGGAGAGAAGAAGAAAUUGAGGAGCCGGUCAACCAGGUUCAUUUCUUCUUCUAACCCUGUAAAUACUUCCCCUUCAUUGACAUCUUGCCCUUCAAGUUCUGAAAGCAGAAGUGGUGGACAGAAACGAUCCAUUCCCAUGUCUCCAAAAUCUUUUGUUCACAAUGAAUCUUCAUCAUCGACAUGGAGCUUGAAGGCAUAAUGAAGGCGUUAGGUUUUGAAACUUUCUAGGGUUUUAGAAUUUAAAGAAGUGAACUAUAGAUGGGCAAAACUGCAAAAAUUGUAUUCUGCCCCAUGUUAUCUGGUUCCAGUGGUUGCAGAAACAUCUGCUUCAAAGUUGCUGCAGUGUCUCUGUUUUCUGUCAAGAUUUCUGUUUUUAAUGAAUGGAGGUCCUGUGAUUUUCUGUAAAAUCCCGUCUGGUUCACAAGCAGAGGUGCCGAGUCUUUGAAAUUGUUCACGGUCGAUGUGAAUGAUGAAGCAACUGUCAUGUACUACCAGCAGGUGAUGUCUGUGUUGCGGGGCCUGGUUGCCUUCUGUCACCAUGGAUAGAUUGUAUAGCUUUGCAUUAAUAAUCUGCUUAACGUUCGUUCAAAGAGUAGUGGUCCUGUGAUGAUAAUGAUGGUGGUCCAGCUAAUGAAGAUGUUUUUAGAAGUCUUAACUAUAAUAGAUUAAUACUAGAAGCUGAUGAUUAUGAA